AACGUGUCGCCGUUUUAGACAUUGGGGGCAGUGCAUAGCCCCUUCUCCUGACUCCGUCCCAGUUUCUGCGAUCUCUACAGCAGCCUUUGAGGCCGCCCCCACCGAGCGUCAGGAUGGCCGAGGAAAAGAGUGACAAAGCGGUGCUGGAAGAAACUGCAUUUGAGGAAAUCGAAAGAGAUUUUCAAGAGGUUCUUGGGGAACUUUCAGGAGAUAAAAGUCUGGAAAAAUUCAGGAUUGAAUAUGAGAAGCUUCAUGCUGUCAUGAAAAAAUCUUAUGACAAUGAAAAGCGUCUGAUGGCCAAAUGCAGAGAGCUGAACGCAGAGAUCGUGGUGAAUUCUGCCAAGGUUGCUACUGCCUUAAAGCUCUCCCAGGAUGACCAGACCACCAUUGUGUCCCUGAAGAAGGAAAUUGAAAAGGCCUGGAAGAUGGUGGACUCAGCCUAUGAUAAAGAACAGAAGGCUAAGGAGACGAUUCUUGCCCUGAAAGAGGAAAUAGUGAACCUGACCAAACUAGUCGAGCAGGGGUCUGGACUGUCCAUGGACCAGGAUAGCAAUAUCCGAGAUUUACUGAGGUUCAAAGAAGAAGUGACAAAGGAGCGAGAUCAACUCUUGUCAGAAGUGGUGAAAUUACGAGAGUCCUUAGCUCAGACCACUGAGCAGCAGCAGGAAACGGAGCGAGCCAAGGAAGACGCAGAGCAUGUCAUCAAUCAGUUCCAACAAGAAAUCCAGCAUCGUCAGAACGAAGCUUCAAGGGAGUCUCGGAAGAAGGAGAAAUUGGAGAAAGAGCUCAAGCAGAUCCAGACGGACAUGGACACCCGGCAGAUGGAGAUCAAGGCCCUGCAGCAGUAUGUGCAGAAGAGCAAGGAGGAGCUGCAGCGGCUGGAGCAGCAGCUGAAGGAGCAGAAGAUCCUGAACGAGAGAGCUGCAAAGGAACUUGAGCAGUUUCAGAUGCGGAAUUCCAAACUGCAGCAAGAGAACGAGCAACACAGUUUGGCUUGUGAGCAGCUGUCUCAGGAAAACCAGCAGAAGGCCUUGGAGCUCAAAGCCAAAGAAGAAGAAGUCCAUCAAAUGCGCCUGGACAUUGGGAAGCUCAACAAAAUUAGAGAACAAAUCCAUAAGAAACUGCACCAGAUUGAAGAUCAAAAGGCAGAAGUAGAACAGCACAAGGAAACACUAAAAAAUCAGAUCUUGGGACUAGAGCGAGAGGUGGAUGCUUCAAAGAAACAAGCAGAACUUGAUAAGAAAGCAAUGGAUGAGCUUCUGAGAGAAAGGGAUAUACUCAAUAAGAAUAUGCUGAAGGCAGUCAGUGCCACUCAGAAGCAGGUGGAACUGGUGAAGCUUCAUGAACAAGCCAAGAGGAACCUGGAGGAAGAAAUCCAGAACUACAAGGAGGAGGCUCAGAAGCAGAGAAAGAUCAUCUUUCAGCUGGAGAAGGAGCGCGACCGGUACAUCAAUGAAGCCAGUGACCUUACCCAAAAGGUCCUCAUGAACAUGGAAGACAUAAAAGUCCGUGAAAUGCAGAUUUUCGACUACAGGAAAAAAAUAGCUGAAUCAGAGACUAAAUUAAAGCAGCAACAGAACCUGUAUGAAGCUGUGAGGUCAGACAGGAAUCUGUAUAGCAAGAAUCUGGUUGAGGCGCAGGAUGAGAUAACGGAAAUGAAGAGAAAAUUAAAGAUCAUGACCCAUCAGGUAGAUCAGCUGAAAGAAGAGAUCUCUGCCAAAGAGUCUGCCCUUGUGAAGCUGCACCUGGAACAGCAGCGGAUAGAAAAGGAGAAGGAAACGCUGAAGGCUGAGCUGCAGAAGCUGAGACAACAAGCUCUGGAGACCAAACACUUUAUUGAAAAGCAAGAGGCCGAAGAGAGGAAGCUCCUGCGAAUCAUUUCUGAGGCUGAUGGAGAGAGGUUGAGGCAGAAGAAGGAAUUAGACCAGGUCAUCAGUGAGAGAGACAUCCUGGGGUCCCAACUUGUCCGGCGCAAUGAUGAGUUGGCUUUGCUCUAUGAGAAGAUCAAGAUCCAGCAGUCCGUGCUGAAUAAGGGUGAGAGCCAGUACAACCAGAGGGUGGAGGACAUGAGAAUUCUCAAACUGGAGAUCAAGAAGCUUCGCCGGGAAAAGAGGAUUCUUGCCAGGAGUGUGGCUAAUGUGGAGGAGCUCAGGCAGGAGCUUUUCCAUGUGCAAAGAGAAUUCUUGAAGGAGAGGACACGGUGCAGAGCCCUGGAGGAGGAGCUGGAGAACCCCAUGAACGUGCACAGAUGGAGGAAACUUGAGGCCAGUGACCCCAGUACCUUCGAACUGAUACAGAAAAUUCAAACCCUGCAAAAGCGUCUCAUCAGCAAGACAGAAGAGGUGGUGGAGAAAGAGCUGCUCCUUCAGGAAAAGGAGAAACUAUAUGUGGAGCUGAAGCACAUCUUGGCACGACAGCCAGGCCCUGAAGCCGCAGAGCAGCUGCAGAUCUACCGGCACACCCUGCAGGAGAAGACCAAGCAGCUCAAAGUUUUGUCUGCAGAACUGAAUAUGUAUGAAUCACAGAGCCAAGAGUAUAAGUAUGAGAUCGAGAAACUUGGCAACGAACUGGCAAAUUUAAAGAAGAAAUACCUGGCUCAGAAACGUAAAGAACUCUUUGAGAAAAACAAGGAGAGUAUAUCCACUGCCAACAACACCAUCUCAAUGGCCAAACCAAUGGGUUCUCGUUUUACUGGGGGAGGAUUUCCCCUUAACAAGACAUACAAGAUGAAAACCUAA